AUGGCCAGCACCGAGGGCAUUCAGCAGUGGCAGGUCAGCGAGCCGUGGCUGAACAUCCGCUGCGGGCUGGGCGAGGGCCCGUAUUACGAAUCCGCGAGCAACACGUUGCGCUUCGUCGACAUCAAGAAGAAGCAGCUCCACACGGUGAGCCUGACAGAGGGACCCGCCUCGCACAAGGUGGUCGAGUUCGACGAGCGCAUCACUGUCACUGCCGACAUCGAAGGCCGCGAUCCGCGCGACGCCAUUGUUGUGGGCGCCAAGCAGGGCCUGGCUGUGCUCGACCGCAAGACGAAUAAGUACGAAUAUGUUAUCAAAUUUCCCGAGGUGGCUGAGGGCCGUAUUCGUAGCAAUGAUGGCGGGGUUGAUCCUCACGGCCGCUUCUGGAUGGGGACCAUGACAGACUUUGGUUGUAACUUGGGCCCAGAGGGCUCCCUCUAUUGCUUUGAUGGCAACAACACUCCUGCUCCGACCAAGGUCAAGGGAGACCUGACCAUCCCCAACACCAUCGGCUGGUCGCCUGACGGCCGUACCAUGUACUUCACGCACUCAUCGGCUCGCACCAUCUUCGCCUGGGACUACGACGUUGCUACAGGAGAGCUGUCCAACGAGCGCGUUUUCUACACCCACGACGGCCCUGGAGAGCCGGAUGGUUUCAGAAUUGAUACCGAGGGAAACUUGUGGCAUGCUGUGUACGGUGAGAGCAGGGUGUUGAAGAUAUCCCCUGAAGGAAAGAUUGUGGGCGAGGUGAAGAUCCCAGCCAGGAAUGCUACUUGUGCAGAGUUGGUAGAUGGCGUAUUGUAUGUAACCACAGCUGGCGAUGAUGAAGGGUCAGAGGAAGAGAGGAGGUAUGCUGGUGCUGUUUUUAGGGUUGAGGUUGGCGCCCAGCCGACACCGAGGCAUUUGUUCAAGUUGUGA